AUGGCUUCAACUCUCCCCAAACGAAUUAUCAAGGAAACCGAAAGACUCGUUUCCGAUGCGCCACCAGGAAUUUCUGCCGUACCACACGAUGACAAUUUACGAUACUUUGAUGUUGGACUUCAAGGACCCGAAGGCAGUGCUUUCCAAGGUGGUCUAUUCAAACUUGAAUUGUUUUUGCCUGAGGACUACCCGAUGUCACCACCUAAAGUACGAUUCUUAACCAAGAUCUAUCACCCUAACAUCGACAAACUUGGUCGAAUAUGUUUAGACAUAUUGAAAGAUCGAUGGUCACCUGCUUUACAAAUCAGAACUGUACUAUUAUCCAUCCAAGCUCUACUCUCCAGCCCCAACCCAGAUGAUCCUUUGGCAAAUGAUGUCGCCCAACACUACAAAAGUGAUGAAGCUGGCGCAAUUCAACUGAGCCGCGAGUGGACCACGAAAUAUGCUAAACCUUAG